AUGACUGGAAGGCAAGAAGAACCGCAGGGUUCUCAAUUAAAUCGCCGAUCCAAUGCCGUGCCAGGUUCUACGACGAUUGGGAAAACUACAGAACGAAACGAUGUAGCAAAAUCGCAAUCAUUGGGUAUGAUAGACCAUAAACCGACCAGUGUGGCAUCUGCGAUUGUGCAAUCAACAGUACCUGCCUGGCUGAAUAUUGUGAUUAUCACGGCAUUUAUAUUUGGAGGAUGUUGUUCAAACGUGUUUGCCCUUGAGGCUCUAAUACAAGAUGAUCCUAACCAUGGGACCCUCAUUACCUUCGCACAAUUUGUGAUCAUCGCACUCCUUACACUUCCGACUAUCUUGUCCCCCGCCGCUGGACUCAAAUCUCUGUUCAUCUCGAAACCAGCCAUCCCUUUGAAAUCAUGGGCCAUAUACACUGCAUUUUUCAUGUCAGUGAACUUACUCAAUAAUGCUGCCUUUAUCUUCAAAAUCUCGGUGCCUCUCCACAUCAUUGUUAGAAGCGGCGGUCCGGUUGCUUCAAUGGUUGUCGGAUAUCUAUACAACUCAAGGAGAUACACGCCCAUGCAAGUUAUCUCGGUUACAAUUCUGUCUGCGGGCGUUGUAGCCGCAGCCAUUGCAGACGCAAGUGCAAAAGGUAAAUCCUUGGAUCUUGGCCUAGCGGCUAGCGAAGGGUCUUCUCUGUUUAAGACCUUAGUGGGGUUUAUAAUUCUUGGACUGGCAAUGGUAUUAGCUGCCUUCCAGGGAGUAUAUGCGGAUUGGUUAUACCAGAAAUAUGGCCGUGAUAACUGGCGAGAAGGCUUGUUCUAUUCACAUGCCUUGUCCAUACCAUUUUUACUUCCCUCAUAUCCUCAGCUAUACCCGCAGUUAAAAUCUCUACUGGCGUCCCCAUCUGUCAGCAGUGUCAUCAAGGCUAGCUCCGCUACAGCGCCCAUACCUGGAAUCCCAGCUCCACAAUUCCUUGCACCAGUGAUGCCGCUCUUACAUCUUUUUGCCAGCCACCCAUCGACACAGCCCAUACUUUCCGUUGUCCCGAUCAAAAUAUCCUAUCUCCUUCUUAACGGAUUGACGCAAUACCUUUGCAUCCGAGGCGUUUAUCUUCUAUCAGCAAAGACAUCCUCUCUAACCGUAGUUAUUGUGCUGAACAUCCGCAAGCUCGUGUCAUUGAUUCUCUCUGUGUAUCUUUUUGGCAAUGUCCUUACUUUUGGGGUACUUACUGGCGCCACAUUGGUGUUUCUAGGUGGUGGAAUAUACGCCUAUGAAGGAGCAAGAUUGAGAAGACAGCAGUCCAAAUUCAAGAAUGCAUAG